AUGCUGAAUCCAGAUGUGAACUGGGCAUCGCCCUUUCAAACCGACAAGCUCUUGGAGAUUCGCUCUUCUGGCAAAAAGAAAAUGCCCGGGAUCAAUGCCAUGUCCGGGAUUGACAAGCAGCUUCUUUCUUCUCCGGUCAAGGUCGGCAAGCUUGGGAUUGAAGGGGAUUGGCAUGACCUGACCUUUCACGGGGGCCCGGACAAGGCUAUUUUGGGCUAUUGCUCUACUCAUUACCCAGACUGGCGAAAGAGCUAUCCUGAGCGGGCCGACAAGUUUGUACCAGGUGGCUUCGGCGAGAAUUUUGUGACGGCACACAUGAACGAACGGAACGUCUGCAUUGGUGACAUUAUUCAGUUUGGCGACAGCUUGCAGCUCCAAGUCUCGUUACCGCGACAGCCCUGCUACAAGCUUAACCAUCGAUUCUCACUCAAGAACUUUGCGCCGACGACGUAUAAGACGAGCCGCACCGGAUGGUACUACAGAGUCGUGCGCGAGGGCACCGUGGCUGUCGGUGACGAAGUGCGUCUUGUCGAGCGCCAAUGGCCCGACUGGACGAUCGAGAGAGUGCAAGAGUAUCUACAUCGUGAUACGGCCAAUCACGAGAUGAACGAAAAGUUGGCCGCCAUCGAAGCCAUGGGCGACGAGAGCCGCGGCAUGUUCAAGAACCGUGUAGCCAAAGCCCUUCGCAAGGCGGAACCUAAGGUUGAGGAGGUGUGGCGCAAGUUCAAAGUUGUCAAGCGCCAGCAGGAGACGCCACGAAUUAUUUCACUGCAGCUCGAGGCGGAAGAGGUGGAUGAGGAGCUGCCGAAAACGCUCCUAGGGGCCCAUGCCAGACUCAGGUUAGGGAAUGGUUUAAUUCGCACCUACUCGGUCGUCUCUGGGGAUGGGGGAGGCGUCGGAAUCGGCAAUAAGUUUGAACUCGGUAUUGCCCUGGAGGAAGGUAGCCGCGGCGGCUCUAGAUACAUACAUGAGAAUGUCAAAGCGGGCGAUACGAUAGAAAUUGGCCGCAUCACGACAGAUGUCAAGCAUGGCAUGAUGGCUAGCAACCACGUGUAUGUUGUGGGAGGCAUCGGCAUUACCGCCUUCAUGGCUGUAAUGAAGAAGGUACACCAAAUCAACUACAGUCUUGAGCUGCACUAUGCUGUUCGUACAGCAGAAGAGGCUGCCUUCUUGGACAGGCUGGAAGCAUUCCGCGACAGAGUCAAAGUCUACGACAAAACAAAGGGCGAGCGUAUGAAUAUUCCCAAUAUUGUCAAGACGCUACCAUGGAACAGCAAGCUUUACGUUUGCGGUCCGCCGAGGAUGAUGGAAGCGGCCAAAGCAGCUGUCGAGGCUAACGGCCUUUCGCACGACGAAGUUCACUACGAAGCAUUUACCGCAGAUGUCUCUGGCGAUCCGUUCGAGGCUGUCGUGGCAAACAAAAACGACAAGAGGAUCAAGGUAGGCGAGGAUGAGAGCUUGCUGGAAGUCCUUCGUCGCGAGUUUCCGGAUGUCCCGUCGAGCUGCGAGGUGGGUAACUGCGGUACUUGCAAGAUUACACUCAAGAGCGGCCAGGUCGACCAUAGAGGCAGCGCACUGGAGCCGGAGGAGCAAAAAGGUCAUAUGCUAUCCUGUGUGAGCCGAGGUAUCGGAAGAAUUGUCGUGGAAGUUUAG